UUGUGUUGAAAUUGUUAAUGAAAAUUCGAAGUUACGUGAAAGUGUAUUGGUUGUUUCAAAAUAAUGCGUAAAUCGUAUGUAAUUUUUUAAAAACAAAUCAUUUGGUAAAGAAUAAUAUUGUAACGAUAGUUUAUUUGUUGAGAUUUGCAAUAUGAGCCUGUUUAGUUCUGGAGGAUUUGGUACUAGCACUGGAGUGUUUAAUAACACUACGACAGGGACACAGAACCCAAUGAAAGAUUUUGAAGUUGUGUCACCUCCUGAUGAUUCCAUUAGCAGUUUAGCUUUUAGUCCAGCGUCUUUACCGCAGAACUUUUUAAUUGCCGGCAGUUGGGAUAAUCAGAUAAGAUGCUGGGAAGUUCAGAAUUCUGGACAAACAAUACCAAAAGCUCAACAGACUCAUCAAGGGCCUGUUUUAGAUGUUGCCUGGAGUGAUGAUGGUACCAAAGUUUUUUCUGCUUCUUGUGAUAAAACUGUCAAGAUGUGGGAUCUCAAUAGUAAUCAAGCAAUACCCAUUGCCCAGCAUGAUGCACCUGUUAAAACUGUUCAUUGGAUUAAGGCUCCUAAUUAUUCAUGUAUCAUGACAGGUAGCUGGGAUAAAACUUUAAAAUUUUGGGAUACAAGGACUCCAAAUCCAAUGCUUGUUCUAAAUUUACCUGAAAGAUGUUACUGUGCAGAUGUAGUAUAUCCCAUGGCUGUUGUUGGAACUGCUGGAAGAGGAAUAAUUGUGUAUCAACUUGAAGGACAACCUCAAGAAUUUAAAAAAGUAGAAUCACCAUUAAAAUACCAACAUCGCUGUGUAUCAAUAUUUUUGGAUAAAAAAUCUCAGCCAUGUGGAUUUGCACUUGGCAGUGUUGAAGGAAGAGUUGCUAUUCAAUAUGUCAAUCCACAAAAUCCUAAAGAUAACUUCACGUUCAAAUGCCAUCGUUCAAACGGUACCUCUAAUGGAUAUCAAGAUAUUUAUGCUGUAAAUGACAUUGCAUUUCACCCUGUUCAUGGUACCUUGGCAACCAUUGGAUCUGAUGGAAGAUUCAGUUUCUGGGAUAAAGAUGCAAGGACAAAAUUAAAAACUUCUGAACAAAUGGAUCAACCUCUCACUAGGUGCUGUUUCAAUGCUCGAGGAGAAAUAUUUGCUUAUUCUGUUAGUUAUGAUUGGUCUAAAGGACAUGAAUUUUACAAUCCUCAGAAGAAAAACUACAUCUAUUUACAUUCAUGUUUUGAAGAACUGAAACCCAGAAAUAAAAACUAAAAAAGGCUCAUGGAACUCUGUGAAAACAGACCAUGACUGAAGAAUUUGGCAUUUAAGGAAUGUGCAUAAAUUGAUGUAAUCUACUUUUGUGCCAUUGUAUUAUAAUUGUUCAUCAUUCAUAAAUCCAAAUCAUUAAAAUUUCCUUUCAACA